AUAAGCCCAAUCCAUGGGAACUUCACUCCUUGAAGGCCUGGGCGAUCCUCACGUCUUUCCCGGGCUUGUUCCGGCGCUGCGUUUUGGACACUUUUCAGAGGGAUUUUAACACAAAAUCAAUGGCGAGUGCGUUGGGUGCAAGACUUGAAUCUGUUCGAAACUCUUCUUUACUUAGAUUUUCACUCAACUUCAUCAGAGCCUUCAGUUCUUCUACUUCUUCUUCUUCUUCUUCUUCUGCUCCUGCUCAAAACCCUAAGAAAUCGAAGCGAAGAAAGAAGAACUUGUUCGAGGUGGCUCAGUUCUUGCCUAACUGGGGAAUCGGCUACCACAUGGCCAAGACUCACUGGAACGAGGUUUCUUACGAAAUCACCAAACUCAAUCUCUACAAGGAUGGAAGACAUGGAAAAGCAUGGGGGAUUGCUUAUAAAAAUGGCUUGCCAAUAGCAGAUGCUCCAAAAAAAAUUAGUGGAGUUCACAAGCGCUGUUGGAAGUACCUACCAAAUGUAGUAAAAGCACCAGAAAGCUCAACAAACGUAAUGAGCUCAACAGACAGUGGCUUAAAAGUUGAAACUGAAGCAAGUUGAUGCUUUCUGGUGACAUUGGGUUUUUAGGUCAUCCACAUCAUCUCAUGCUUUAGGGUUGAUUUUCAAUUCACAUAGUUGUUUUCCGACUAUGGUAACCUUUUAUAAUCAACCAUGAAAUAUUGCUUGCUCAUUCAUGCAAGGUUUUUAAGUUUGUUUCUUUUUAUAUUUUAGUGAAAUGAACUCUGCACCUUCAAACGUGCUCUGAGGGAGUAAUCCGGAUGGAUAUGUUUCUUGCUUGAUUUGUGUUGUCUUUGACCUUUUUAUUUGUAUUUUUUUCCAUUAUAGUAAACACCAAAUCUACAUAUUCAUCAGGUUAGUUAUUAA